UCUGUCAGCUUAUUAUCACGCAUCUAUUCUGGGACAGAUCGGUUCGGUUGAACACUGAUCAGAAUAUCCGCCGACCUUAGUGGCUGCCUUUUAAGCUUCGUCUAUUGCUCUCGUGGUGGCUAUAGCCUUCAACCACCGUUCGCCGCCACACUCCGCCGUUGAAUGACCGAACCCACCGCCACCAUAACCACACUAAGAACCCAAAUUUGACAGAUUAGGGCGGGGCGGGGGUUCCUUUUUCCAAAUUAACUUUAUACGUAUGCAUAUAUUUAUCUGCCCCAAGCGUGCAGUGCAGAGCAGUGCUUGUUUCUUCUGAAGUAGAGCUUUCUAGCCUCUCCAGUAAUGGAAUUGGAAUCGAAUUACGAAAUUUCCCGCACUGCCAGUUUCAUCCGAAGCCGCAACUUCACUAGAGUCGCUUUGCAGUUCCCAGAUGAGUUAUUGAAGGAUUCUACAAGAGUCGUGAGUGCUCUGCGUGAUCAGCUUUGUUCUAGUGAAGAUAAUGCAAGUGAUAAGGAUGUUGGGUUGUAUGUAAUGGCAGAUACAACUUAUGGCAGUUGUUGUGUUGAUGAGGUUGGAGCAUCUCACAUUAAUGCGGACUGUGUCAUUCAUUACGGACAUACAUGUCUUAGUCCGACAUCAACUCUUCCUGCAUUAUUUGUUUUUGGGAAAGCUCCAAUUUGUGUAUCUAACUGCUCAAAGAAUUUGUCAAACUAUGCAUUGACCAGUGGCAAGCCUGUUGUGGUCCUUUUGGGACUGGAAUAUGCAUAUGCAAUACAGGAUAUUAAAGAAGCAUUUACAAUUGAAUCAUCAAAACCACAUGGGUCAACAUCCAAAUUAGAAUUGUAUUGUGCUGAUGUUAUUCGUUCAGUUAUGGAUCCAUCUGAAAAUGUCAAAACUUCCAGUGGGCACCUGGGGUUGGAUGGUAGCCUUGCUACUGAUCAAGGUUCUAGCAACACAAUUUGUACACUACAUAGCAUUGGCGGCUUGUCUUGGAGUUUACCUGAGGGACGUAGAAUAGAGGACUGUUUGCUUUGUUGGGUUGGUGCUGACAAUGCAGCCUUUGCAAAUGUUGUUCUGACAUUCAAUGGAUGUGAAAUAGUCAGAUAUGAUGCCGCAGAAAAUCGCUUAGUGACUGAUGUAUCUCACCAGAGAAGGAUUCUGAAGCGUAGAUAUUACCUGGUUGAGAAGGCAAAGGAUGCUAACAUUAUUGGGAUAUUGGUAGGAACUCUUGGUGUAGCUGGUUACUUGCACAUGAUUAAUCAGAUGAAGGGGUUGAUCACCAGAGCUGGAAAGAAAGUCUAUACUCUUGUUAUGGGAAAACCAAACCCUGCUAAACUUGCCAACUUUCCGGAGUGUGAUGUCUUCGUUUAUGUUUCUUGUGCACAAACUGCUCUUUUGGAUAGCAAAGAGUUCUUAUCUCCUGUUAUUACCCCUUUUGAAGCCAUGAUAGCUUUCAGCAGAGGAAGUCAAUGGACAGGAGCUUAUGUGAUGGAAUUUCAGAAUUUGAUGACUUCAUUUCCAAUGGAAUUAAGAGACCAAUUGGAAGAAGCACGAUUUUCAUUCCUUCAAGGUGGAUAUGUAGAAGAUUUUGAACUGGAAGAGACCAGUGAGGAAAAUGAAGAUGGAACUCUUGCCUUAGUGAAAGCAACAGAGAAGGCUCUUCAGGUGAGCGACAAGGACCCUAAAUCUAUAAUCAAGGGAACAGCUAAAUCUGGGGCAGAGUAUCUUGCAUCUCGAUCUUAUCACGGUCUUGACAUUCAAAGCAACAGUUCCUUGCCGGAGCCCUUUUUAAUUGGUAGAACCGGGAAGGCUUCAGGGUAUGAGGAUGAGAAAAGCAAGCAAUCACUGUUUUAA